UUAAAUUUUGUUUUCUGCAGUCAAGACAAAAGGCUUUGGCAGAUUUACAUCAAAUGCAAACUGUUCAACUUGAAAAACUUAGUGACAAGCAGUCCCAACCUGAGUCGCAGCUCAAAUUUAUUACAGAGGCCUGGCUACAGAUAGUUGAAUGUAGGCGGGUUCUGAAGUGGACCUAUGCCUAUGGAUAUUAUCUUCCCGAGAAUGAACAUGCUAAGAGACAAUUCUUUGAGUACUUACAAGGUGAAGCGGAAUCUGGAUUAGAAAGGCUUCAUCAGUGUGCGGAGAAGGAACUACAAGUUUACCUGAGUGCUGAUGGCCCAACUCCAGGCUUCAAUGAAUUCCACACAAAACUUGCCGGGCUGACCAGUGUGACACGGAAUUACUUUGAGAACUUGGUCCGAGCAUUAAUGGAGAAUGGUCUGUCGGAUGUUGACAGCCAUGGUGCUUGCAGCAGGGCAGGAAGCUCGAAGAACUUAGGUGGUAAGGGUAGAGGUGGAAGAGGCAAAGGAACAUCAUCCAAUUCUGGUGGCCCUAGCAGAAACUUGGACGACUCAGGCUGUUGGUCGUGUGAACACUGUACCUUUGCUAAUACAUUGUCUACUACCGUCUGUGAGAUGUGCCGUCAGCAUCGAUCGGUAGGCACUCCUUGAUUCCUGCAACUUACAAGAGGUGAUCCUUAUGGAAGUUCCAGUGGUGAAACUUCCAGGUGCAGCGCCGCCGGGUCUAUCAAGUUGUGAAUGCAUUGAAAAGCAAAAGAAUUGGAAAUGAGGAAAAUGGAGAUGAAACAGCCUUUCCUCUAGGUGUUUGUGUGUUGAAGAAACGAACACUCGCUGUAUAUAAAAAAUCUAGUCGUCCAAACUGGGUUUGAUACUCAUCUCAAAAAAUAUACUGGCAGCAGGGGCUAAUGAGAAACGCGAUCAUAGUGGCCUUUUGCAGAGCCUAGAAGAGAUUUGUAGCAUCUAUGAAUUCUGAUGGAAUGUAUAUGCACUCUUUUGCUGGAUCUUGUUAUGUGUUUCUUGCUUGGACAA